AUGACGGCCUCGUCUGUCUUCUGGCUGACCGCCUGCUUGGUCUUGGCAGCAGGCGUUGGUGCUCGACCUGGGCUUCCUUCAACCUCUCCCAAGCCUGAUGCCGGAACUCACACCGUCCCUGCAAUGCAUGAUGCGUCGUCUGAGAUGUAUCUUCGAGGAAGUUCUCCUGACGAAAAUCUGGAUGACGUAAUUUCCCUGGAUGGUGGCAUGGAGAACUUGGUGACCCCUUUACGCAGUGAAACAGAUUCAGUGGUUUCAAACGAUACACUUGGCGAUUCGAUUAGUGAAUAUAGUGACUUCAUUCCUAGUGAUUCUUCUGGUGAUACAUCUGAGAUUCACCUCUUGAAAAGUGACUUAGAUCGUCCUCCAAGCAAUGAAUCAGGGGAUCCACUACCUUCGAAUGAUGAAUCUCAGUCCUUGGCUACGUUGCUUAAUGAAACAGAUAUCUUCGUAUCGUCUGCUGAUGAAUCUGUGGAGCCCUCAUUUACCAAAUCACUGAAAGCUAAUUAUACUGAAAGUGAAUCGCAAAAUGCCUCCCAGUCGCAGAACCUAUCAAUGGUUUACAUUCUAUCAUUCGGAGAACAAGAAGACCCUGCCUUGUCACAAGAAGAUACGCAGGAUUAUUUAGUUAUGGACGAAAAAAUGAAAGAGUCUGAUUCAGAGGACAUGGGAGCUUCACAAGAUACAUCGGGCGACUCUCUCUCUGCACAGGUUCCUGAGAGUCAGAUUUCUUUCUUUGAUCAUACAAAGGGUGGCAUUCCAACAGACGGUGCGUCAGAGAACCUAGUCGCAUUGUUCUGGGCUCCCGAAAACAUGUUGUCUACGCAUAUAUCGAGGGAGCGAUCGGUAUCCCUGAAUGCUUUUCCUGAAGCUUCCAGCAGCCCUCAUAAUGCGUUACAAAAUCCUGUUACGCCACAGAAUCUUCCGGGUAACCAAAUUCCUUCCCAGAAUGCUCCCGAUGACUAUAAACCGCCACAAAUCAUUCCAGUUAAUCAAGUUCAAUUCCUUAACGAUCAAGAUGAUCAUAUUCCUUCCCAGAUUCUGCCAGAAUUUCCUAUUCAGACACAUGAUAUACUAUCAGGUCACGUUCUUUCACACAGUAUUUCUGGAGGUAUUUCCUCCUCGAAUGUACAGAUAAAUGCACCUUCACAUGAUGAACCAGCAAAUCAAGAACAGGGAAAUGCCGCAGAUGUCACUGUACAAAAUCUUUCCGACCAUGGCUUUUCACAUGGCGCUUUUCAGGAUAACACUUCACACACUGUUCAUAUUAAUGAACCUUCACAUAAUGCUCAAGUCGAUAUUGUUUUAAAUGCUCCUGAAAUUGAUACCUUGAACCAUAAUAAGCAAGUACUAGAUUCCCCUUCACAUAUUAGUGCUGAUGCCAUUUCACACAUUAAUUUAGGAAAUAACCCUUCACAUUCUAUUCACGUUAGUGCCCCAUUAAAUACUGUUGGAAUUAGUGUCUCUUCACAUGCUGUUCAUGCUGAUGUCCCUUCUCAUAAUACUCCAGUCGAUAUUACUUCACAUACUCCUCAAACUGACAUCCUAUUCCAUGAAAAUCAAGUAGCAGAUGCUCCUUCACAUAUUAAUCCUGAUGUCACUUCAUAUAGUACUCAAGAUGUCUCUUUACAAAGUAAUCUAGUUAAUGUCCCUUCUCAAAUUACUAAUAUUGAUGCACCGUUGCUUAUUACCCAGUCGGGUGUCCUUUCACAUAAUGCCCAACCUAAUAUCCUUUCUCAUGAUAGUGUAGAUGUCAUAUCUAUUACUCAAGUCGAUGUCCCUUCACAAAGCACUCGAGUUGAUGGCCCUCACGCUGCUCAAGUUAAUAUCAAUUCUCAAGAUACUCCUUCUGAUGUCACAUUCCACGCCGCUCAAACUGAUUUUCAUUCGCAGAAUGUUCCAGUAAAUGUUCCUUCUCACCUCACUCCCGUACAUGGUGAUCUUCCUUCCCAGAGUGCCUCAGUAGAUAGAGCCCCUGUGCAUAGCAUUUCAAACGUGAAUAUUCCUAUACAGAGUGUAGCUCCAGAUCAUAACCUUCCACAUAGAUUCUCUGACCAUGAUAUUUUUCAGCACAGUUUUUCUGAACUCGGUGUUCCUUCACACAAUUCUCCAGUAAGCCAAGCUCCUUCAGCUGAUUUUUCUAAACAUGUCCCAUCAAUUCUUAAUCCCGAACAUCUCUCUUUAGUCAAGACUCCUGGAGGUCUUACCCACACUGAAAGUUUCCCGCAAGAACGUGAGCACAGUAAUACUGAUGAUUUCCCUUCAAAUAGUAUUAAUGAGCACCAUGACCCUUCACCUAAAAUCUUGAUAGACCAAUUCGCUUCAGAGAACGUUCCACUGCAUCAAGUUCCUUUACGUGGUCAUCAGAUACAAUCAGCGAGUUUUCCUGUAAAUCAAGGCACUUCACACAUUGCAUCAAUAGAUAGCCCAGAAAUUAUUUCCGGAAGACUCGUUCCACAACAAAGCGAUCCACUUGAUCAAGCUAACUCGCAUGGUUUUAUUGAAAGUCAUGCCUUGUCAUCUGAUGUCGAAGAAUAUCAUGCAUCAUCCGUCAAUUCUCCAUCCGAUUUCGUUACAUCAUUUGAGCCUCAAAGGUUUCCUCCUAAUGCUCUUGGUGAUGCUCUAGAGAGUCAUAUACAUACCUCUGUCGGUAGAUCUGACACGGCAUCCUUAAGUCCACAUCGAUCCGACACUGUGACUCAUGUACCAUCAAGUCCUACUCUUUCUCACAGUUCUCUUUUACAUACCAAUGAGCAGAAUCCUCGUCACCCAUCACAGAGUGUCAAUAUCGUAAUACCGGAACAUCAUAACCCAAACCAUGGCUCAGUAGAAGGUAAUGUUUUCUUGGACAGUGCCUCGAAACCCACUGUUCCUCAGAAUCAACCACAUGAAGGCAUUUCUUCCAUUCAGGAAUCACUAAAACCUAUACCCAUUAGUAGCAUCCACUCGGAAGAAAUCCCUUCACAUCAAAGUCUGUCACACUCUUUUCCCUCACGCAUCACGUAUCACAAGCCCCAAACGGAACCUAGACAGAACCAGCACUUUCAAUCAGACCACCCACAAAAUAUCCAAGUUCAUCAAGCAUCUGCUAGACGGUCGUCAUUUGGCUCUAAUUCAUCGCCUGCAGUUCCACACACAACGGCUUUGGACGAUGAAGAUGACCCUAAGGAAGAGAGACAGCCCGCUGAGUAUACCUUCACCUAUGUCGCGCAGGACGAGGACACCGGCCGCAACUUUGGCCACGAGGAAACCCGGCAAGGGCACAGAACUCAGGGCUCCUAUUACGUCUCCCUCCCCGACGGUCGAGUUCGGAAAGUGAGCUACUACGUGGAGCCCAACUCAGGCUUCGUGGCCAGGCUAAGUUACGAAGGAGACGUCAGCUACGACCGCAAGAACGUGGAGGAACGUGAGCAUCGUCGUGGAAGCCAGUCUGUGGAGCAAGAUUACCCGAGCGUUCCUGAGCAGCCUCCCGACGUUGCUUCAUAUCAAUGAUUCAUUCUGACAACGCGUCCUUUGUUGUGUUAUGUCUUUUUAAUAAUGUGUUUCAUAUAAAACUCUUUACUUUA